AUGAAAAAGUUAAAAAUGAUAGCACAUGGCUUUGUUCAGCAACUGAACUGUGAACCAGGGGAACUGAAAGAGAGAUUCCUAAAUUGUAUGAAGCAGCUUGAUGAGUUCACCUACCUAAUUACUGACUUCAAUCUAGCCAUCAAUAAAUUGGAAGCAACUAACAGUACGGAACUCGCUCCUGUUCAGGACACAUCUACAAGAGCAUUACUAGCUCCAAUAACCUAUGGAACAUUUAACCUUAUGGAUGCCUUAACAGAACCAGCACCAUCCACAUCUCGGGCUUGUCCUAAUCAAUGCCCAUCAGAAAAACCAAUUCAUAAGAAAGUACCAAAGGAAGAGCAGGUACUGAUUGCAUUUUCGAGUACAUCAAGCUCGUCAGAAAGUGUGCCUCACGUCAAAAAUAAAACUUUGGAGAAGGAGGUGCAAUGUCAAAUGGUAGAGGAUAUAAACAAAUCCCCACCUAAAAUCAAUGAUACUCUAAGCAAAAUAGAGACUUACAACUUGCCAGCACAAUCAAUACUCCAAACAGACCAAGAGUAUCCUGCAGUUAUCUUGAAUGUGGAUGGUCCAUCCUUCUGGGUGAUUACUGGGAACACUAAUGAAGUAUACAACCUUAUGAGUGACAUGACUGAAUAUUACCGGACGAAUUUUGUGGAACUGACUUUAGAGCAAGUGAUGUCUUUAACAUACUGCGCGUGCUAUGAUGACGACAGUGAUUGCUAUUACCGAGGUCUUUUCAUUAGACUUACCGAGAAAGACAUGAAUUUAGCAGAAAUUUUCCUGGUUGAUACAGGCGAAGUACAAAUAGCACCAAUAGUAAAUAUCCAGCCACUAGCGCAACACUUUUGCCAAAACCCUCCCUAUGCACGGUGCUGCCACCUAGCGGGGAUAGACUUAUUUAACCACACUGAUAAGGACAUGCCGGAAAAACUCGAGGAAUUUUUGAAGACGUACAUUGGCACGCCUUGCAGCAUUGAAGUAGACGAUAAUACUUCGGAAUCACUGGGCGUAUAUGUGAUACUACCUUCGAGAGAAAUACUCAACACUAUGCUAGUUGAGCAAGGACUGGCCUUUGCAAUUGAAAAGUUAAACAUAACAGAGGCUGGGACGGUAAGAGGCCCUCCUGAGAUACUAGAUUCUGACCUUAACAUAACUGACUGUCCGGAGUAUGAAGAUCCAGUUGAAGCUGUAACGGGAUAUCACAACCGAGAUGAAAUGGACAUCUGCAAACAUUACAAAGGCGGUCCCGAAAAAACUUGCUUCAAAGGAGCGCGUUGCAACAAGAAACAUAUCGUGAAGCAUCCAGACGGCUGGACGUUGGAUCGUGUGCCGGUGGCCGGCAAGUGCCGUCCACUGCCGCUACCAGCGCCCGGCACGUGCCUGCGUGUGCACGUCACGCACGUCGCACACUACGACCGGUUUUACGUGCAGUUCGUCAAGCCGCCCGUUAAAGAGGAAAUACCAAGUUUUGGCGUUGUGCUUCCACCUACCACACUAGAGAGCCUUGUGCGUGACAUGAACAGCCCUGCUUCUCGUAUGGCGUAUAAACCGCUCAAGAUGACUCCUGCUCCUGGCGAAUUGGUGGCAGCGUUGUACCCGAUGGACGACCAAUGGUAUCGCGCGCGUGUGUUGUCUGCCACGAGAGUGGAUCAGAAUGUUGAGGUGAUGUACAUCGACUACGGCAAUGUGGUGUGGGUGAAAGAGGACGGCGUGCGGGAGCUGGAUGCGCGCUACUGGGCGCUGGAAGCGCAGGCGGUGUGCUGCUCGCUGGCUGGCGUACGUGCGCGCUCGUCCUGCAGCCGGCAGUGGGCCGCCGCGCGCGCGCUGCUGUACAACCUCGUGCACGAGCGCACGCUGCACGCGCGUGUCGUGUGA